CUCGAUCGUUCAGUUUUGUGCUGACCGUUGUACGAGUGCCUCGUUGCGCGCAUGCGUUACUGACUGGCUGUCACGAAAGAACGUAAAUAAACAAGUGAACAAUUUUGUGCCAAAUAUUUUGUUUUUCAUUUGAUUUUGUCAAUUUUAUGUAAAUUAUUGGAACACAAGGCAAGAAACAACUGAAGUAGGAAUUAAUCAACCUCUUUCUGAAUGCUCCAAAAGUAAUGAGUCAAGGACAGUGAAAGCAAAAAUGUACAUACAAACAAUUUUAACAUUAAGCGUUAUCCUCUUGUGCGAUGCAAAGUUACCGAAAUCAAAACCGUAUAACCAGCCCAACGAGCUGCCAUUGAAUCCAACAGAAUAUAGUCAAGCAAUUCGUCUAUUACAACCAGAGUUGAAAAACGAGAAAACUAGUCGAAUAGUUGAUCAGUAUGUGAGGCAUCGUAGGGAAGUGUUUUAUCCGAAUCUCUAUGAUUCUGGUUUGAAUUGGACACACUCUGAAACUUUAGAUCAGAAUGGUGACGUUGUGUUAAAAUGGACGAGCUCCCAGACUGAUAUCAUGUUCAGAGUCGAAGCGAGAACUCUCGGUUACGUCGGUUUAGGGUUCAACUGGGAGAGUAACAUGAAAGGUGCGGAUUUGGUGAUUGGAUGGAUCGACGACGAUUCCGGGCGGGCUCAGAUUUUGGACUGCCAUGGUCUCGAGGUAGAAGGGAAACCAGUUGCUGAUGAAGUACAGAAUUAUGAAUUGAUAUCAGGUCACCAGAAUCGUACGCAUACCACUAUUGAGUUUAGGAGAUUACUAAACACAAAAGACAAUCAGGACUUUGUCAUCGGUGACGAUACAACCCAAGUUCUGUAUGCUCUCGGACCUCCAGGCUCGGAUGGCCAACUGCCGAAACAUGUGGACAGUGGCUCCAGGCCAUUGCGGCUGCUGCAGCCAUUUACAAGUCCUAAUUCCGCACCACAAAUGCAUUGGGAUGUGACGAUUAAUAACCUAUCAAUUCCACAUGACAUGGCAACGUUAUUCUGGUGCAAAAUCUUCAAAGUACCCGAUCUACCAAAGAAACAUCAUAUUGUUGGAUACCUACCGCUUAUAGAUAGUAGACCGAUUAGAAAUGGGGUACCGGUCGUAGAGAAGAACAGUCUGUCUCCAGUACAUCAUAUGGUAUUGUACGAGUGUGCUGUGGAUCCUGAUGAGUAUUCGUGGAACGAGUGGGCCGAAUCUGUGGGGUAUUUUGGACCGAACCGACCUAGCGAGUGGGCGAUAUGCGCCACGCCAAUAGCAGCUUGGGCUAUGGGAUCCAAAGGUGAAUUCCUACCUCACAACGUCGGCAUCCCUCUAGGCGAGAAAGGGGGCAUUUCGUUCUACAUGCUUGAGAUUCACUACGACAACCAAGCCCUUCAUGAAGUGCUCGACAGUUCUGGCAUCCGUAUACUACACACACCAACACUAAGACAGCAUGAGGCUGCGCUGUUGGGGGCGGGAGUUGGGGUAUCAGCAUUGCACCUCAUACCACCCAAACAAAGGCAAUACAGAACAGUGGGCAUCUGCAGUUCUGAAUGUACUAAUAGCACUUUGCCAGACACCGGAAUAAAUAUUGUGUCAGUACUAUUGCACGCCCAUGGAACCGCUCGAAAAAUCUCUCUCAAACACGUGAGAGGGCAGCAAGAAUUAUCUGUAAUAUCUGAGGAAAACUCAUAUGAUGCUCGUUAUCAACAAUCUCGAGUUGUUCCUGGCGGAAGACAAUUUUUGAAAGGGGAUAUUAUGAUUACGGAAUGCACUUACGACACUACAGCACGGGAUAAGCCUAUUUUAGGGGGUUACUCUACGUCACAGGAGAUGUGUUUAUCCUUCGUUCUGUAUUACCCACGAACGGAGCUAGCUGGUUGCUACUCGAUGACUCCAGUCGACGAAUUUUUCGAAACAUUUGGUGUCAAGGAGUUCUAUUUCAUGAGCAUGAUUAAAAUACAAAAUUUAUUCUUGUCGUCUGGAAAUUUAGAAAAUAUAACUUCUCCAUGGGAGUUCGAUAUGAAGAGUAGAAACUACGUAGAAGAGACUGGUUUGCAGGGAGACGACCAGGGCGUGAGAUUAUUAAAAUCCCUAGUUAUAAAGAACCCUGCGGAAUUUCGCAACAAAUCGUUCAUGGCACAUCUGAAUGAAAUGCAAUGGUCUGAACCUUUACUGACCGAGCCAAUAGAACAGCGGCUGUACCGAGGUUUGCAUAUGAUGUUCUGCAAGAAACAAGAUGAUAGUUGGGGAAUUCCUAUUCAAAUUCAAGCUUACCCAACCUACAACGCGUUGCCAAGCAACGAUGUAUCAGAGAAGCAUUACAAACGAGUCAGGCUGCCGUCGGUGACGACGGCGUCAGGAUCACAUAGAAGCCAUAUUUGGCCGGCCGUCUUGGCUAUAUGCCUUACUGUAAUAGUUGCACGGUAAUAAAAAAAGUGUCCUAAAGUACAUUCGCAACCAAUGAUGUUAUGUUGUUUUAUUUUCGUUUUGAAUUUUUAUACAAAAAAGAAACUCCUGUUAAAACUCUGGAUACCUACUCGGUUUUCUUAGUAUUAUUUUGCCAAAUUAUACUGUAUGUCAAUCUGUCAUAAUAUAUUUUUGUGUGUACACACUUUAUAUGGCAACUUGUGAGAGAUGUGAUUAAUGUAUAAUGAACCUAACCAUAGGUUUGAAAAAGGUUCAUAAUCGUAUUCUUUAUGGUUUGUACGAAACUGAGUGAAUAUUUUGUGAUCUUUGUACUUAUGAGCUUUUGCUCAUGAUACGCAACUACUAGCGAGGUCGUAUUUAGCAACGAUACCAAAUUUGUGGUAUUCAAUACUAUUAAAUGUUAUAUGGAUAUAAUUUGCUCCACAAUAAUUAAUUUUAAGUAUCUAAUCAAAUUUUAUCAAAUAAAUUCUAAAUAGAUUUGUUUUUCUGUUUUAUAUAUUCCAAUUUUGUUUUUGUCUAUUCAGUCUUUUUUUUUCAAUAUUAUUACAAUUAAAUGAGUCUAUUCUACAAUUUAAUUUUUUAAAUAAGCAACUGGUGGUUUUUAGUGUUUUUUUUUUCUAUUAUUUUUAAAGCUGAUGUUUACUUUUGUAUUUAUAUAUAAUCGAUUAAUGAGAAUUCAAUGAAAGGAGAUGAUACUUACCCUAAAAAAGAAUUCCGGAUGAAAUCAAAUUCGAAACAGUUAUCAGAAAAGACAAUUUCAUAAAUUCCCGUUAAUAAAUUAUAUAUACAUUCUAUUCUGUCUUAUCAUCAACUGAUCCAUAAUUAUGAAUAAAAAUAAAUUACUACGAUAGGCUCAAUUUACGUAUAAGAUAAAUGCCUUAACGACUGUACAAUGUUCCAAUGCAAUAAAAUUAAUUAUUAAGUCGCAUUAAAAUGUUAAUAGGAUAUUUCUUAAUUUAUUUAUUACAAUUGUACAAUUUAUUGUCAAUCUUUAUAUUUCCCGUUUUAUUCAUAAAAACUAUUACAAAACAUUUUACAAAUACAGUUUGUUAUUAGUUUUGAAAUAAGAAUAUAGCCCAAAAAAAAAAAAAGAAAUCAAUAGCUUAGAGGUACGAGACAUUUAACGUUUUUAUGAAUAAGGGGUUUAGUUGUCAUACUUUUAUAUUUCCAAACUUUAAAUACAUGUAUUUUUAUAUUCCACAAAAAAAAAAACAGACUGGAAGUUUUUAUUAUUAUUAUUACUAAGGUUAUAUUAGUACAAGAGCUCUGAUCAAGUUACAACAUACUUAUCUAUUAUUAAUCUUAUAUAGAACUCAAUAUCAUGUUUUAUUGUAGGUACCAUUAUGUACCUAGGUAUCGAAUUAUAUCAAAAAUAGUGAAAAUAUAGGUGUAUAGUCAAUCAUGUCAAAUUUAAUGAAGAAUUGACAGAUACUGCUACAUAUUGUUUAUUUUUUCUAAUGUUUAUUUUUUACUAAGAACCGAUGAUAUAAUUUCCCAUGUCUAUUAUAUCAAUGCGAUAUUUGAUUUAAAUAUCUAUUCAUUGGAUUAUAUUCUUUUAUAUUAUUAUUAUUCUCAUGUCCAAUCAGAACCGGUUCAGCAUAAGUUCUGAACACCUGGACAAAACAAAUCUUAUAAAUUUAUUAUAAUGUCAAUUCAUAAUACACCGCUUGUUAAAGAUGAACAAAAAAAAAAUGCAAGCAUUACUCUAUAUUAUCUUAAAUCUAAGCUCAAAUAAAAAUCUCCAAUAUACUUUUUGAAAUAUAUUGUCAGAAGGAAAAGGUUCGUGUAUAAAUUAGUGCAACUCUGAACUUGUCAUAACUCUAAGAACAUAUCGUAUAAUAUUUCACGGCUGUGUUUUAUUGUAUCUACUAUUAUAUUGUUUCUAGAAUCAACAUUUAUACAGAAUUAAUUCGAAAUGAAUAGCAACCUUAUAUGAUUUUUUUUCUGUCUCAAAUUAAACUUAUAGAAACGCAAAUUUAAAAAUGACAAAACAUAUUAAAAAUCUUAAAAAAAAAUGGAAAAAUAUAUUUUUUAAUCAGUUUUUAACUCAUGUUAUUUGAGAAAAGCGUUCAGAUUCAUUGAUAGAUAACUCAAGAGGGCGCUAAAGUUUCAAUAUAACCCAGUAAUAAACGUAAUAAUAAUGUUAUUUUUUUUUAUUUGCAUUAAAUUGAAUAGCUAUAUCAAAUGUAGGUGGCCUUAUGUAUUAUGGUUGCCUUAGUAUACCAUCCUUACCGUGUAAUGUUAUAAUUUUCUAUGCCCUUACCUCAUAACACUUUUAUAUAAAUAAUUUCCCCUAUACACGCACGUCGGCGGUGACUCUUGCCUGCUUCCUCGAAUUGUAUGACCUAUCUGAUUAUGAUAAAUCAUUUUAAUUCUACCGGAACCGGAGCCCCGAAAUAAUAACAGAUUUUAAAUAUAAAUCUGUCUUUUUCAUAUUAAUUGUUGUAUUUUAGGAACAUUAUAUAGUAGAUAUCAAUUCCGUAACGAACUUUGUAUUUCGAGUCAUAAUGUUAGUAACUGCAUUUCAAUUUUUAUUUUAUAGGUGUUGUUCUAAGGUUUAGUUAAUAAGUAUACGCUUAGUAAUUCAUUUUUUAUUUAUUUAAAAAGUCAAUAUAAUGUGUUUUAUUACUUUCA